AUGGUCCACAGCCUCCCCGUGAUUGAGGUAAUUGCAUAUGGCAAAGCAAGUGGUGCGUGGUGGAACUCGCCAGAAGGCUCAGAAACUGGAGGUCAAAACUUACUAUGGAACAAAUUUUUGAAAUGGAUAAAAGACAAAUUUAACCCCAAAGGUGUAGCAUGCUCCACAGUUGCACCGUCAGCCUCCUUUGGUAGCACAAGUGCCUCCCUUGCUUCCACUGCCAUCCCAGAGGAAACAGAGACACCAGAAACCCUGACUACGCUGCAGACAGCUAUCAGCAGAAGUGCCCAAAUAUCAGUGCUUUUUUCUGGGAAGUGGAGAGCAUCAACGAUUAAAUCAGACUGGGACAUCUCUCUGCGCCUGGCGGACGGCGGCGGGAGGUGCUCGGGGCGCGUCGAACUCUAUCACGACGGCGGCUGGGGAACGGUCUGCGACGAUGGCUGGGAGCUGGCGGACGCCAAAGUGGUGUGCAGGAGGCUGGGGUGCGGAGAAGCUCUGGUAGCUGCGUCUGAAGCCCGGUUUGGUCCGGGUUCUGGGGAAAUCCUCCUCGAUGACGUGCGGUGCAGAGGGGAUGAAGACAACCUGUGGGACUGCUCCCACAGAGGCAUCGCCGUCCACAACUGCCGACAUAAAGAGGACGCCGGCGUCAUUUGCGCAGACAUGUCCCUGAGACUGGUUAACGGACGGGAUGUGUGCUCGGGUCGCCUCGAAGUCUUUCACAACGGGAGCUGGGCAACCGUCUGCGAUGAUGGCUGGAACAUGAAGGAUGCCACGGUUGUGUGCAGGCAGCUGGGCUGCGGAAAGGCUGUCUCAGCCAAAAUCGAAGCCUUUUUUGGGGAAGGCACAGGAGAUAUUCUCCUGGACGACGUGGCAUGCAGAGGGGAUGAGUCCUCCCUGGAGCACUGCUCUCACGGAGGGCUGGGCACGCACGACUGCUACCACAAGGAAGACGCUGGUGUUAUUUGUGAAGGUGUACCUCGCUGCGGUGCUUCACUUCAUGAGCUCAACAAAGCAUUAAAGAUUCAACUAAAAGCAAAUGCAAACUGUGUCUGGCAAAUUCAGAGGAACGUAAAUCAAACAAUUAGGCUCAUUUUCUCCCAUUUUAAAUUUGCUCCUUCUUCAAGCUGUGAAACAGAAAGUAUUAAAGUAUAUGAUGGUCCCUCAACAAAGUCACCUCUUCUUGGACAAAUAUGUAACAACACUGAUGCAGUCCCAGUACUUCAAUCGUCUUCAGCCAGUUUAACUUUUCAUAUAACUACAAACUCCAUGGCUUUCACACGGAACUUCUUUGUCUUCUAUUACUUCUUUUCACCAGAAAAAAAAAUUGAAAAUUGUGGGGGACAAUUAACUGGUCCCAACGGGACACUUACCAGCCCUAACUACCCAGAACGUUACCCUGAAUUUACGUACUGUGUCUGGCAUAUACAAACAGCAAAAAACUCGAAGAUAAACUUACAGUUCCAGGAUUUUUUCCUGGAACUAGACCAAAACUGCCAAUUUGAUUUCACAGCAGUCUAUGAUGGCCUCACCACUAACACUGGCUUAAUAGGAAAAGUAUGUGGUCUUGCUCAGCCCACAUUUGAAUCUUCUUCAAAUGUUAUGACAGUUGUGUUAUCUACAGACUAUGCCAACUCCUACAGAGGAUUUUCUGCUCAGUAUACCAGCACUCCACUGCUAGCUCCUGAGGAGCCCAACACACUCCUUACAUGCUCUUCAGAUAGCAUGAAAAUUGUUCUGAGCAAGUCUUAUCUGACCUCCCUUGGUUAUAAUGAAACUCACCUACAUCUGAAUGAUCCAUCUUGCAGUCCAGCUGUAACAGAUUCAGUGAUCUUUUCCUUCCCAUUAACCAGCUGUGGAACAACUAAAAAGGAUGAAGGUCAUAGCAUCACUUACACCAACGUUAUAUCUCUCUCUGCAACUGGCAACAUUAUCACCCGUCAAAAGAGCGUACAGAUCAUUGCAAAAUGCAAAAUGGAAAACAAUUCAACCUUAGAAGUCAUUUACAUAACAAAAAAUAAUAUAAUCCAAAACACAACUGCUGUGGGAAAAUACAGUGUUAGCAUGUCAUUCUAUGAUUCAGAUACAUUCUCCAAGCCUGUAUCUGAGUCCCCGUACUAUGUAGACUUGAACCAAACCCUUUUUGCUCAAGUCAGUCUUCAUUCCACUGACGCAAAUCUUUUGGUGUUUGUUGAUACCUGUAUAGCGUCUCCACAACCUGAUUUUGGAUCGCUAACGUACGACUUGAUCAGAAGCGGCUGCAAUAAAGAUGACACUGUGGUAACCUACCCACCACUUGAACACUAUGGAAGAUUCAAAUUUAAUGCCUUCAGGUUCCUGCAGAGCUCUCCAUCUGUUUAUCUCCAGUGUGAUAUUUUAAUUUGUGACAGCAAAAACCCAAACUCUCGCUGUACUGAAGGCUGUAUCUCCAGGCAAAAAAGAGCUAUUUCUGCAUACACGUGGAAAACUAAUACCAUAGUAGGACCCAUCCGCUUGAAAAGAGAUCUCAGGUCUGCUGAUCACUCAGAAUCCCUCACUAAAGCAGAUCCUGAAGAAACACUGAACCUGCAACAAUACAACUUCUACACUCUUUCAUUUGUGGUUUUAAUUUCAAAUAUUAUCAUUGUGGUAGCUGUGAUACUAAAAUAUCACAGUCGCCAAACAGGAUACAGCUACCAAAAACUCCAGAGCUCCUAUUAA